GUAGAUCGCUUCCUCGGGUUCCUCGAAGUAGCAUUGAACGAUCCAUGACCUAACAGCAACCUCGACCGAACGUCCACCACCACAACCAUUAUCUCCCAUCACCACCAUCACCACCAUCACUAUCAUCAAUUACCAGCAUCAUCAUCAUCCUCAACACCAUCAUCAUUAUCAUCCACCAUGUCGUAUCCCCCACUACCCCCCAAGCUUCUCAUCAUCUCCCUGAAGAUGUACUUCACUCCGGCCCAAACCCAAGAAUACUGCCGCGCCCUCCUCUCCCCACAGAACGACAUCGUCCGCCUAGAGCACCACAAGUCCAAGCUCCUCCUCGCCCUAAUCCCCGACUUCCUGACCAUCUACCCCUGCGCCGAGAUCAUCCAGCAGUGGGAGGCAGCGUCAUCACCCCAACAAAACCAACCCCCCUCCCCCUCUUCGACAUUCCUCCUCGGCGCCCAAGACUGCUUCUGGGAGUCGCAAGGCCCCUACACCGGCGAAAUCUCGCCGGCCGCCCUGCGCGCGCUGGGCGUCUCCCUCGUGGAGCUGGGCCACGCGGAGCGCCGCGCUCUCUUCGGCGAGACGGACGCGCAGACCGGCCGCAAGGCGGCGGCCGUGAGCGCCCACGGCAUGAUCCCGCUGGUCUGUAUCGGCGAGAUCACCGCCCCGGGUCCCGUGGCCUCGCAGGCCGUGGGGCGCGCGGUGCGCGAAUGCGAGGCCCAGGUGCGCGCGGUGCUGGACGCUAUCCCCGCAGACGCGCCGGUUAUCUUCGCCUAUGAGCCGGUCUGGGCGAUUGGGAAGCCGGCCCCGGCGGGCGUGGAUCAUAUUGCGGCGGUAGUGGAGGGGAUUAAGGCGGUGGUCAUGGGGAGUGGGAGUAGUAGUGGUGGUGUUGGUGGUGGUGGCCCGAAGGGCGGCCGCGCGGGGGAGGUCCGCAUUCUCUAUGGGGGAAGUGCCGGGCCCGGGCUGUGGGGCGCGGGCGGGCUGGGGAAGGCCGUCGAUGGCAUGUUCCUGGGGCGAUUCGCCCACGACAUUGAGGGGGUUCGCAAGGUGGUUCGCGAGGUCGAGGAGACGAUAGCUUGAUCUGCGUGAGUGACUGGAGUUUGGUUCCUGUGUGUAGAAUGGUGGAGGUUGGUAUGCGAUUAUGCCGCCGAACAGUGGCAGUCUGGGGCAGAUCCAGUCA